AGAGAUGGUUCGGCUCCUUAUGACAGUAGUGACCGUAAACCCUCCCACUACAAGGAUAUUGUAAAGGAAAAUGAGAACUUUAAGAGCUAUUACAAGUCUCAGAACAUUCUUUCAGACAGCGAAUUCGAGACUUUCUACUCAGCACUCCAAACCACACUUCCUUCAACCUUUCGCAUUACAGGUAGCAGAAGUGCUGCUGUCCAGAUCAGAGAGUUUAUUGAGAAUGUAUACGUUCCAGAGAUGCAGAACGUUAUUGUAGACGGUGAAAAGUAUCAACCCCCUAGUCCAUUGGCUUGGUACCCCGAUCAGUUGGGAUGGCAAGUGAAUGCUUCCCGUGCUAUUCUCAGACGUUCGGCUGAGUUCAAGAAGUUUCACAAAUUCAUCGUUGCUGAGACAGAAGCUGGUAACUUGAGCAGACAAGAGGCCGUCAGCAUGGUACCUCCUCUUCUUAUGGACAUCAAGCCUCACCAAUGGGUACUUGACAUGUGCGCUGCUCCUGGUUCCAAGACUGCUCAGAUCAUUGAGGCCGUCCACGCCAACGAUCUCUUGAACGAAGAGCCAACUGGUUUGGUAGUUGCCAAUGACUCUGAUUACAAGCGUAGUCAUAUGUUGGUCCAUCAAACAAAGAGACUUCAGUCACCUUGCUUCAUGGCAACCAACCAUGACGCUACUCAGUUCCCUAAUGUACAUGUGCACAAGGAGGGCGAACAAGCACUUGCUUGGCAAUUCGACCGCGUUCUGUGCGAUGUUCCUUGCAGUGGUGACGGAACUCUUCGUAAGAACGAGAAGAUUUGGAAUGACUGGGGUAAUGGUGCUGCAAUUGCACUACACACAGUCCAGGUCCAGAUCUUCUUGCGUGGCGCUCAGCUUUUGAAGGUCGGUGGUCGUGUUGUUUACUCGACCUGUUCCUUCAACCCUCUCGAAAACGAGGCUGUUGUAGCUGAGGUUCUGCGUCUUGCCGAUGGUGCAUUGGAAAUCAAGGAUGUUUCGGAUCAGUUGCCUGCCCUUAAACGCCAUCACGGUUUGAGCACUUGGAAAGUUAUGACCAAGGAUGGUCAGUACAUCAACUCUGUUGACGAAAUCGAGGAUAGCCGCCAGCGUUCUCGCUUCCCUAAAAGUGCUUUCCCUCCUGCCAAUGCUGAUAGUCUGCAUUUGGAUCGUUGUCUGCGCAUUUACCCUCACGAUCAGGAUACUGGUGGAUUCUUUGUGGCUGUAUUUGAAAAGGUUAAGCCUAUGACUGCUGCUGACCGGGCCCAGAUUGCAAAGAGCGAGGGUAAAGAAGUUAGUUGGGCCGAGGUUGAGAAAGCUGAGGCUGAAGAUGCCUCGUUGUUGGAGUCUGAUGCCAAGAAAUCAAAGCCUGAUGUGCCUGGAAUUAAAGAAGCACCUUUUGAUCUGAUGAAGCCUGACAACCCAGAUAUUGAUGAAAUCAGAAACUUUUAUGGUAUUGAAGCUGAUUUCCCUCGCGAUCAGUUCUUGCUCCGUUCUGAGGAAGUUGCAAAGAACAGAAGCAUCUACUAUAUCAGCAAAUCUGUCAAGGCUGUUUUGGAGGCUCCUGAUAUUGAGCGCCUCCAUGUUGUAAACACAGGUGUCCGUCUAUUUGUCCGUCAGGGUUCGCUGGUCGAAGGCGGAUGUCCUUUCAGAGUGACUUCAGAGGGACUUCCUAUGCUAGAGCGCAUUAUUUCUGAACGCCGUCGUGUCCAUAUUAACCACGCAGAGUUGAAGACUUUGUUGACCCAGGCGUUCCCUACCAUUGAUGAGUUCGAACCUGCCACUCAGACCAGACUCGCCGAAAUGGAGCGCGGUUGCUGCAUUGUUCAUAUUGACCUCCCCGAGUCUAUUAUCCCUAUGACCUUGCCCGUCUGGAGAGGCAAGACUUCUCUUAAUGUAUUGAUUAACAAGCAAGAUAAGACGUAA